CAAAAACAAAAAUUUUAAAUGGAUUUUAUAUAUUAAAUGAUCAAACAUGUGAAGUACUUGGUGGAACAGUAAAUGAACUUGUUCAUAAAUGGAAAUUAAAUAAACUAAUGGAUACAAAUGUUCGAACAUUAAUUGGUGAAGGAGCACCACCACCUUGGGUUCCAUUUAGUACUACAUAUGUACUAACAAUGACAGUUGAUACUUCUAAACAUUCGAUGGAUGUAGUUAAGAUGCAAGAAACUCAUGAAGAAGAUCCAGAAUUUGUUCGUCAACGUCGUGCUGCUAUUGAUACUCUUCUUACUGGUCGUAUAUCGAAAAAACAAAGAAUUACUAAACGAAAAGUUAUCAAUGGUACAAAUGUAGCAAAAUUUUUUGAACUAGAAAGUCAACCAAUGCCAGAGAAAAGACCAAAAAUAGCCUCUGAUUCUUCAUUGUCAACGUCGAUUAUUAAUGAACUGAUAAAUAUAGCAACAACAACUGAAGCAAUUAAAGCUAAUGUUCGAUUACCAAAAUCGAAAAAAAAAUCGAUUGCACCUAAAACAUAUGAACUUGAUAGACUUAGUCCGGAAGAACGUUUUCGAGUUCGACAUGAAGCUAUCCAUGUGGAAAUGAGCGAGAAAAAAAGAAACGUAUUAUUUCCUAAUCCAUGGGAGAAACCUCAUGCACUCUUAGGAAAUUUACUUGAUUGGGUUCGAUAUUUAGUUGCUUGGCAACCAUUAAUUUUAAUGAUUGUACAAGGUAUUAAUUAUAUACUUGGUCUUGAAUAG